AUGUCGCAAGUCAAGUUCGAACAGAAGGAGACCGUCCGCACCUCCAGCGGCGGCCGGGGAGGCCCACCACCUCCUAAGGAAGAUCUGGCACACGAGAUUGGCAAUGCCCUGACCAAGGGCGCUGGUCCCAAUGGAUAUCUUGCUUGGUACCUCAAGAAGCUGCAAGAAGACCCCCUCCGAACCAAGAUGAUCACGUCAGGUACUCUCGCUGGUCUGCAAGAGUUUCUGGCCUCAUGGAUCGCAAAGGACCGAAGCAAGCACGGUCACUACUUCACCAGUCGCGUCCCCAAGAUGGCCAUCUACGGAGCUUUCGUCAGCGCACCUUUGGGACAUGUCAUGAUCUCCAUUCUCCAGAGACUCUUCGCCGGGCGAACGAGUCUACGUGCCAAGAUCAUGCAGAUCAUUGUGUCCAACUUGAUCAUCUCCCCCAUCCAGAACGCAGUCUACCUCACAUCAAUGGCAGUCAUCGCCGGCGCCCGAACAUUCCACCAGAUCCGUGCGACCGUUCGCGCUGGUUUCAUGCCAGUGAUGAAGGUAUCGUGGAUCACCUCCCCAAUCGCACUCGCAUUCGCCCAAGCUUUCCUUCCCAACGAGGUCUGGGUACCAUUCUUCAACUUCGUCGGAUUCGUCAUUGGCACCUACAUCAACGCACACACCAAGAAGAAGAGGCUGCAAGCUCUGCGACGGAAGUACCAGGACGGACGGACAACGGAUGGAAGGAGCGACUACGAUCGUCGACCGGGACAGGGAGGGUACUAG